GCUCCGCUAUUAUAGCGGUUAGCCACGCAGCCUCACUCCACUCUUCACCUUCCUUCUCCUUCCCACCCUCUGCGACCCUAAUCCGCCAUUAACGCCGAUCACAGAGAAUCUCUGAUCGUGUAAUUAAGGAGGCAUUAAAGCGCCACACACCAUAUAUCAAUUGUCUCGUUUUCCGUGCGUUUUAGCUCUGCACCAACCACUGAUUCUCAGAUUUACGUUAAUCUAAAUUUGUGUCUGUAGAUUCCGUGCGAGAAGAAAUAAUCUGUGCGAAAUUGAAGAAUGCUGACUUGCAUAGCUCGUUCUAAGGAAGCCGGUGAUGACUCCCUCAGUCCGCCGGAGGAAUUGAGUUCUUCCGCUAUACCGGGACCAAAAAAUCAAGCCAUCAAAUCUCUCACUUCUCAGUUGAAGGACAUGGCGCUGAAGGCGUCGGGGGCGUACAGGCACUGUACUCCUUGCACGGCGCAGAACCGAUUCAGGAACCAAGGGGAAUCAGACGCGGAUUCCGACCGGUUUAAGUGGUCGUACCGUCGGACGGGGAGCUCAAGCUCCGCGACGCCGAGAACGUGGGGAAAGGAAAUGGAGGCGAGGCUGAAGGUGAUAUCGAGCUCGAGCGGAGAGGCGACCCCGAAAUCGAUGAGCGGGCGCCGAGCCGAACCGAUCGUGUUCGUUCAAGAGAGCGAGCCAAAGGAAUGGGUGGCGCAGGUGGAGCCCGGCGUGCUUAUCACGUUCGUCUCGCUUCCGCGUGGCGGCAACGAUCUCAAGAGGAUACGCUUCAGUCGAGAGACGUUUAACAAAUGGCAAGCUCAAAGAUGGUGGGCAGAGAACCAUGACAAGGUUAUGGAACUUUACAAUGUCCAGAGGAUUAAUCGACAGGCUUUUCCACUUCCAACGCCACCAAGAUCCGAAGAUGAGAGCUCAAAGAUGGAAUCAGCAGAAGCCAGCCCUGUGACACCACCUCUAACUAGAGAACGGUUGCCUCGUAAUCUAUAUCGUCCCACAGGGAUGGGUAUGGGCUACUCAUCUUCUGAUUCACUUGAUCAGCACUCAACACAAGUCCGUCAUUAUUGUGACUCAGGUCAUGCCUCAACUCCUAAACUUUCAAGUAUUAGUGGGGCCAAGACAGAGACAUCAUCAAUGGAUGCCUCCAUGAGGAGUAGCUCGUCAAGGGAGGCUGAUCGCUCAGGAGAACUAUCCAUCAGCAAUGCCAGUGAUCUUGAGAAUGAAUGGGUUGAAGAGGAUGAGCCAGGGGUUUAUAUAACUAUCAGAGCAUUACCAGGGGGCAAAAAGGAGCUUAGGCGAGUUAGAUUCAGCCGAGAAAGAUUUGGAGAAAUGCAUGCUAGACUGUGGUGGGAAGAGAAUCGAGCAAGGGUUCAUGCACAGUACUUGUAACCGAGCAAACAACAUGGCUGCCGGUGCUUCGAAAAUUACAGGGGUGUGUAUUUUCUCCUCUGUUCUUCCGUACACAAGUAGAAUCACUUUCUACAGAGAUCUGGAAUUGGAUAGGUGGUACUGGGACUCGUACCUGUUGCUAUUUGGGCAACUAAGUUUUCCAGGUUAAUGAUAGUUUAUAAUAUGAUGGUGAGAUAUGGAAACUCAAGUACUUAUAUUAGUAGGCCCUAAAUUAUUGGUGAGUAAAGAGCAUCAACUGUGUAAUUGGGUGGUCAAAAAUCGAAGUCAAUGAAAGAAUGUAUUCCCCUUUUCUGCUUAGCCGUUCUUUUUGUCACAGCCACAGUGAAUUAGACCACCUCGAAGAAGAAAGAAAGAAGCCUGCACAUAAUGUUGACUAGAUUAGAAUUUUGAUUUAGGGUGGGUAUUGAGAUUGUUUUCAUAGCACUUUCUCACGUAGACA